AUCUCUCUUGGUUACAUGUGUGCUCUAGCAAUGGCAGAGUUAGAGCAACCGGAAUUUCGUCUUGGACCAGAUCCCAAUGUCACGUAUCCACUUCAAGUUCAAUAUUGUGGAAACUGUUCUCUGCCACUUGAAUACUGCGAGUACUAUCCAGAGUAUGACAAAUGCAAACAAUGGCUGGAAAGAAAUCUUCCAAAAGAAUUUGAAAAGAUAAAAUUAAUGGAAGAUGGAACUGGCGAAUCAGGUGCUGGUGAUGAUGAAAAAAAGAGACAGAAACGUGGAGGUAAAGGUAUGCUGAAGACUAAGAAAAAAGAGGAUGUCCCCAAGUUGAUAACUGUCUCGAGAGCACCCAGGGGUAAAAAGAAAUCAGUCACAGUUGUUACGGGUCUCAGUACUUUUGAUAUUGAUCUAAAGGUUGCGGCUAAAUUUUUUGGAAGCAAAUUUGCUUGCGGUUCAAGUGUAACUGGAGAUGAUGAAAUAGUCAUUCAAGGAGAUGUAAAAGACGAUUUGUUUGAUGUUAUUCCGGAAAAAUGGCCACAAAUUGAUGAAGACUCAAUUGAUGACUUGGGAGACCAGAAGAGAUGAUCAGUCAAUAGAAUUCUUGUCAUAUAAUCGCACAAUAUUUAUCACGACACCUCAGAUAUUAACAAUAAAAGAAAAAAAUGUACAUAAAAAAACAA